AUGGUGAAUUAUGCCAGUGAAACAAUCUUGAAGCGCCAAUUAAAGGAGAUUCAAAAACAUCCUAUUCAAGGUUUUUCAGCAGGGUUAGUUGAUGAUAAUAAUGUCUAUGAGUGGGAAGUGCUUAUUAUUGGACCAGAAGAUACAUUAUAUGAGGGGGGGUUCUUUAAAUGUCAUCUUUCGUUUCCUCGUGAAUAUCCUCAUCUUCCACCAAAAAUGAGAUUUAUUACUGAACUAUAUCAUCCUAAUGUCUAUGAAGAUGGUCAUGUUUGUAUAUCGAUUCUUCAUCCUCCUGGAGAAGAUAAAUUCGGAUACGAAGAUGCUUCAGAACGAUGGAGAGCUGUUCAUACACCCGAAACCAUUCUUCUUUCUGUUAUUUCUAUGCUUUCUAGUCCGAAUUUCGAUAGUCCAGCUAAUGUUGAAGCUGCAAAACAUUGGAGAGAUGAUCCUCGAGGUUUUGAAAAAAAAGUUAGAAAAUUGGUACGACAAAGUGCAGAAAACUUUGAAUAA